AUGGCUUAUCUCCUAUACAGCCUCACUUUUAUGGUGGUUGUCGUCGGUACAGUUCUAUAUCUGACUAGAACACGAUGGCUCCCACUCGUUGAGGACCACGUCCCCGACUAUGUAUACGACCGACUACCCACAACCUUCAGCGGAGACAUCGAAGCUGGCUUCACAUCCUCCGAAUUUGAUCUCACAAAUAACGUUCUCGAGGGCGACUCGAGGUCCGGUCUUGAUAAUAAGGCAAAACGAGAAAUACGCAGAAUCAUGAAGAGACGAGGCGUUGACUUUGAUGAGGCGCGUCGUUUAUACACCGAACAACGCUUUGCGAAGAAUGACAUCGGACCGGAUGGACGACCCAGGGACCCCAAAUUCGUCUCGUUUUCAUAA